CAAAACAUUCUAUUUCUCAAAAGCUCUCUCUCUUCUUCUCUUUUUUUUUGUUUUAGCUAUUUUUGAGUUUUAAGGCUUACUUAAGCUCUACUUUUAGAGUUAAUUGUGACAAAUUUCAAAUGGCAUUCCAUUGUCAGAUAUAUCUUGAGGAUAUGGGUUUAAUCUUUUUUGGAAUUUUUUUGAGUUUUCCUUUUGGCAUAACCAUUGGGUUUCUGAAUUGCAUUUGUACUUUUGAAUAAUGACAAAUUUAAUCAUGUAUUAACCAUGUUAAACGUGUUAAAAAAAUUAUGUUAAUCGUUUAAUCGUGUUGUGUCGUAUAAAACAUAAUUCUAUACGAUUAAUAAAUUAAUCAUGCUGUGUUACAAUAAAAUAUAUUCAUAUACUUGUUUUAGAUUUGACAUGAUUAGUUAAUCGUAUUGUAUUUGUGAUAUGAAUUGUCUAAGUCUAAUUUUAAGUCACUUAGAAUUGAAGUUAACAUGUCAUAAUCCAUAGGGACAUGAUAUGACAUGCCUAUGUGGCAUGAUGACAUGUUCACAUGCUAUAUUCACCUCAGCAUCAUAUAGGUAUAAAAAAUUAUAAAUAAUAUUUUAAUUAAUGAUAAUUAAUUAACUGUUAGAUAUAAGGCAUAUUAAGUUUAAAAUAAAAACAUAAGUAUUAUAUCGUUUUUAUUUUAUUAUUUCUUUUCAUUAUAAUUUUUAAGGAAAAGGGGAAAUCAGUCAUUUUAAAAACAAUGUUUUUAUUUGAAAUUGAAAAACAAAAGGAAAAGAAGAGUUGGCAACCCAUUCCCCUUCUCACGCUCCUCUUUCUUCAUUUUCCACUUUCCACAACCAUAAAUGCCAUGGUACAUGUAGAUUCAUAUUCUCUUUCUCUAUCUCCAAUUAAAAAACUUAUUCUUUAAAUUUAUAUUUUCGACUUUUCCACAGAGAAAUUUGAGAUUUGCUUCUGGGUGGUGAGAAUUACCAGUAGAAGGCUCCUAUAGGGUUGGGUUAGUUUUCUCUGAUCGAUUGGACAUGGAAGAGCAAUUUAUUCUUAGAGUUCCACCUUCUAUUGCUGAGCGGAUAGAUCGCCUUUUAAGUGAAAAUGCUUCAUCUUCUGAGGACAAAUCACUAGAUUUGGUAUUUUCUGAGGAUGGGCGGACUGGGACAUUUGUCAUUGGCAAUGAUCGCUUCCCUGCCUCUCUCUCGGAUCUUCCUUGUGUUGUUGAGUCAUACAAAACUUAUGAUGAUAGUGCACUAGUUAAAACAGCUGAUGUUGGCCAAAUGAUUAUGGUCAGAGAGCCGGGAGAUGCUUCUCCAGAUGUGGUGGAGUACAGACAUGGUCUGACUCCUCCGAUGAGGGAUGCGCGGAAGCGAAGAUUUCGAAGGGAGCCAGAUCUAAAUCCAGAGCUUGUACAACGUGUUGAAAAGGAUUUGGUGAACAUCAUGUCUGGAGGAACAGUUGAAAGUCUUGAUGCUGAAGGCAAUGGGCAAGGGGAAGCUGUUGAUGAAGAUGCACAUAAUGCAAAUAAGAAAGUUUCAACUGCACCUGCUACAAAGCCUGAGGUUCCGGGUACAGGAGGCAAUGCUGGGGAGGCCGACGGAAGUGACUCUGAUGACUCUGACGAUUCAAUGUGAGUUCAACUUUCAUGCAUGGCUUUUGUAGUUAUGUGAUUUAGAGGAGGGUUUCCCAUCAGCUAUCCGGAUGUGCUUUGGAAGAAGCUUCUUAGCUUCACGACUUGUCAGGGUUAAAUGAUCUAAAAAACCGGGCUCUAUUAUUAUUAUCAACCCCUAUAUACCCUCUCCUUGUAAUCUUUGCCUCUUUUUUCUUUUGGGUUAUAUAAUCCGUAGCGAGUUUCUUCUUCUUAGAAUGUUUUUCUGAUACUGGAAAUGCUCCCUAUAUGUUAUUACUUGUCAAUAGUUUGCUUGAUCAACCACAUGGAUGGAAGUGCAUGUGUAAAUUGUGAUAUAUACGAUUCAUGCUGGAUGGCAGUUCCGUCUUUGUCUA